AUGGGCUACGAAGAGAAAUUCGCAGCACCUGCGUUGCGACUUGCAAAUUACUUAGACUCCUUUCCUACCACUUACAACGUCUACUUUAUGGGUAUGGUUUCUUGUGUCUCUGGUAUCAUGUUCGGUUUUGAUAUUGCCUCGAUAUCGGGGUUUCUCGCAGACGAUGACUAUUUGAAUUUCUUCAAUUCUCCUAACUCGAACUUGCAGGGUAUUAUAUCUGCCUCCAUGGCUUUGGGAUCAUUUUUUGGUUGUUUUGUUUCUGCUGUUGUAUCAGAGCCGUUCGGAAGAAGAGUUUCGUUGUUUUUGAGCUCCUUCUUUUGGAUCAUUGGAGCUGCAAUACAAUCUUCCUCUCAAAAUGUUGCACAAUUAAUUUGUGGUCGUCUUAUCGCUGGUUUUGGCGUGGGAUUUGGUUCAACUGUUGCACCAGUCUAUGGGUCCGAGGUCUCACCAAGAAAAAUUAGAGGCGCAAUUGGUUGUCUUUUCCAGUUCUGUGUUACCUUGGGUAUCUUGAUUAUGUUUCUCAUUUGCUACGGAUUAACUCAUAUUAAUGGUGUAGCGUCUUUUAGAAUAGCUUGGGGUCUUCAGAUGGUACCUGGUUUGAUAUCACUUGUUUGUUUAUUCUUUAUCCCAGAAUCACCAAGAUGGUAUGCAAAACAAGGACAUUGGGAGAAGUGUGAGUUUAUUGUGAGCAAAAUCCAUAAGGCUCCAGUUGAUGAUCCUGAAGUCAAGACUGAGCUCGCUGAGAUCAGCGAUCAAUUGCAAGAAGAAAAUGCUAGGGCGUUCCGUUACAUCGAUUUAUUUUCAAAGAGAUAUCGCCGUCGUACUUUUCAUGCUGUUUUUGCUCAAAUUUGGCAACAAUUGACUGGUAUGAACACUUUAAUGUAUUAUAUCGUCUACAUUUUCCAGCAAACAGGUUACACAGGUAAUACAGAAUUAGUUUCUGGUAUAAUUCAAUACGUUCUUAAUGUUGUUAUGACGAUCCCGGCCUUUUUUAUCAUGGAUAGGGUUGGUAGAAGGCCUAUAUUGUUAGUUGGUGCUGCAUUGAUGAUGACUUGGGAGUUUGCGAUUGGUGGGAUUUUGGCGACUUAUGGAAAGCCUGUUGAUGCUUAUGUCCUGCCAACUGGCGAAAAAAAUACUACAGUCAGAUGGAUAAUCCCAUCCUCUAACGCUGCUGCUGGAAAAGCCGUCAUUGCAUGCUGUUACUUGUUUGUUUGUUCUUUUGCACCUACAUGGGGUGUAGGUAUAUGGGGUUAUUGUGCUGAAAUUUGGGGUGAUAGUGCCUCAAGACAAAGAGGAGCUGCUGUGACUACUGCCGCAGAUUGGGCAUUGAACUUUGCUAUUGGUAUGUUUACGCCUUCUGCGUUCAAAAAUAUAACUUGGAAAACAUAUAUAAUCUUCGGAGUAUUUUGUGCAACAAUGUUCUUGCAUGUUUUAUUCUUCUUCCCCGAGACAAAAGAUAAACGUUUAGAAGAGAUCGGACAAAUGUGGGAUGCAAAGGUUCCAGCAUGGCGUUCCGCUUCUUGGAAGCCAAAGGUACCUGAUGCUGUGAUAGACUCUGAAGGAAAGGUAAUUCCGGUUCAUCAUGAAGAAACUGUCGGAUCUGUCGAAUCUUCGCGUUCUGGCAGCGAAAACAAGGCAGAAGGCACUCCUCCAAGCGAUACCUAA